ACUUUGUAAAUUGUUUUCAGUCUUUCAGAUUUUCACCAUGGAACAACUGGCUAAUGCAAACAUACAUUUUGGUCUGGACCUCUUCCAAAAAUUGAAUGAAGCCAACCCAACAGGCAAUAUCUUCUUUUCCCCAUUUAGCAUAUCCUCUGCAAUCGCCAUGCUCUCAUUAGGGGCCAGAGCGAACACAGCAACCGAACUCUCAAAGACAUUUCACUUUGAUGCUGUUGAAGAUCUUCAUUCACAGUUUCAGGCACUCAGUACUGAUAUUAAAAGGUGUGGUGCGUCCUAUGUACUGAAACUUGCUAAUAGGCUGUAUGGAGAAAAUACCUAUUCCUUUUUGCAAGAUUUCUUGACUAGCACUCAGAAGCUGUAUGGAGCUGAGCUAUCCUCAGUGGAUUUUCUAAAUGCCUCAGAUGAAGCACGAAAACAAAUUAACCAGUGGGUUGAGAAACAGACUGAAGGUAAAAUCCAUGAGUUGUUACCUGAAGGUUCAGUUAAUGAACUAACCAAACUGGUUCUGGUCAAUGCCAUCUAUUUUAAAGGCAGUUGGGAAGAGAAAUUUCAGGAGGCAGACACGGAGGAUUUGCCUUUUAGACUCAACAAGAAGGAAAAGAAGAAUGUGAAAAUGAUGUUCAUGAAAAAGAAGUUUCCUUUUCGGUACAUCCAUGAAUGUAAGUGCCGUGUGCUGGAACUUCCUUACAAGGGAAAAGAACUUAGCAUGAUAAUCCUCCUGCCUGAUGACAUUGAGGAUAAUUCCACUGGCCUGGAACAGUUGGAGAAGCAGCUCACCUUAGAAAAGCUUCAAGAAUGGACACAUCCAGGGAAGAUGUAUUCAAACAAUGAUGUGUACGUGCAUCUGCCUAAAUUUAAGCUUGAAGAGACUUAUGAUCUUAAAUCUCAUUUAGUUGCACUGGGAGUGAUGGAUGUCUUUGAUAGUGGCAAGGCCGAUUUGUCUGGAAUGUCAGGAGCCCAAGACCUCCACGUGUCCAAAAUUGUUCACAAGUCAUUUAUAGAAGUGAAUGAAGAGGGCACAGAAGCAGCAGCAGCAACAGCAACAGCUACAUUCUUUUGUUUUCCUAGGGAAGAGGAUUUCAAUGCUGACCAUCCCUUCCUGUUUUUAAUCCGUCAUAACCCUACGCAAAGCAUAUUUUUCUUUGGCAGAUUUGCUUCUCCGUGAAAACUAAAAUGAAUCUCAGGAACACAUACCAGCCAUUACAGCGACUCCCAUCAAGCACAAUGUUGUUUCUUUCCCUGUUUGGGAAAAAGCUGUUGGGG